AUGGAGCGAUGCUCAUGGAAAGAGCCGACGAAGGUUUUGGCCCGAUUCUAUGGCCUCCCUAAGGUGCACAAAGACGACGCUCCUCUCCCACUCAUCGUGUCGCUCAAAGGUACGCCAACGUACGGACUGGCUAAAUGGCUGUUCCGACGUCUCAAGUUCCUGACCGCUGAGUCAGACACCACGGUCUUUUCGGCAGCACAGUUCCUGCAGAAACUCAGAUGGGUGAUCCUCCAUCCUAAUGAGGUCAUGGUAUCAUUUGAUGUUACAUCCCUUUUUACUUCUAUUCCCCAGGACCUGACGAUCGAGACAAUGGAAGUGCUUCUACAAAGCAAACAAGAUGAAACGGAGAGUCGUCUUGGAUGCGCCCAAGUCCUUCAGCUCCUGAAGUUCUGUCUCAGGACGUACUUCACUUUCGACGGGACAAUCUACGAAGAGGUGAAGGGCACACCCAAUGGGUUGGCCGAUUUCGGGGUUCAUCGCCGAGGCGGUCCUGCAAGGGUUAGUAUCGCUGGGCUUCCUUACCCGCCGAUCGUGUCUUCUUCUUCUUCUUCGUCAAAACUUUUUCCUGGGACUCGUCUCUUCGCUUCUAUUGACAAUGUGUUUGGGCGCGAUGCACUCCGAUCGGCCCGGCGAUGGGAAAACUUCGCCCUUCGUGAGGCCCCCACGUAUUCGCAGAUCCGGUUUUUGCACAGGUGUCUCGACAAUAAUGUGUUGCCGAAAUGUGUUUCAUACAAGCCCCCGAUUAACACAGAUUUGGCGAGACGAGCAGUAUUUCAACAUGGUAGAAGAAUGAUUCGGGUGCUACUCCACGAUUGCCACGCGAGACUUCGCAAGUACCGUCAAAGGAUUGACCAAGAAAAGACCAAAUGCUGUGAGUUCAUAGGCAAGAUGGGUACAAAUCUGCUCCUGCAUAGGAUAGCUGAACAAGCGGGCGAACAGAGAAUGAUACGUGACGCAGCACUGGAGAACAAAUUCGUAAAGUUGUUCAAUUCAACGACGCCCAGAAACGACCAACUGGUGCACAACCUGUCGUCAAAUGAGCUGACGAAGGAUCAGAUGCAGGUUUUACGACACGAAGCUUCAUUCAACACGACUGACGCCAAACCUCUUAACAUGAGUGCAGCAGUGGAAUCAAUCCUUAGUCAGACGGAGGCAACGGAGGAGACUAAGAGCCUCAUCCGACAUCAAGUGUCGUCUCUCCUAAUGGCCCACAGUCCGCGGUCCUGCGUACACGCGGACACCUGCUUACAAGUAAGCUUUUCCGCGUAUAUUGCAAAGACUUCAGGAAAAUCUGCUUCGAAGAAGUCGGCGGAGGUGAGUUGUAGUGAGGGAGAUUACCUUGACUAUCUUCCCACGCAUAUUAGGACUUUAAUUAUGCGGAGCGUCUACUGCGCCUCAUAUUUCAGCUGCAGAACAUUUAUUUCAUCCGCACGGUGAAAAAGUUCCUAAAUGCUUUCCAUGAGGCAGUCCAAGAAAUCGCAAUGUGCUCCGACUAAGGCGGAAGUUCACAAUAGACCGAAGAUUACUCUGUUGUCCUUUGACGUACUGCAUUGUUUAGUAUCGAUUUAUGUGAAUUUCACUGGGAGGCAUUGAAAAUGCAUACAGUAUGGCCGCCUCCUUCUCACAAGUUCGAUUUAUGUCCUCCUAUAUAAAAGCGAUUAGAAAGCCUUUCAGAUGCGUAUAGAUGUUUAAUGAAACAGAACGGUUAAUGACAAACGCCGUCAUGCACAUCUCUAAUAUAUUAUAUUUGUCUAAAAUAUUAAAUCAUACUCCUCUUUAGAAUUUUGUCCAUCAUUCACCGGAAAGGACACCUCAAGACUUUUGGUCAUUUGUUGUUUACUUGUAGUCACAAAAAGCCUUUUUGAAUCGUUAGUUUGUUUGCAAUUUAUUUGUCUUUGAUUCUACUUACCUCAAACGAUAGUUGAGGUACAAUGACCAAGGGCUCGAAUAUCUCUUUUUUGAAAUUCGCCAACGGCAAUGCUCUUAAGUUCGUUGUGUUCUGAUGACUUCUACACCUUAGCUUGCGCUCAGUAAACCCAAGCUCGAAAACUGUGGAAUAUGCACGGCUGCAACUAAUCGGCUUAAUUUCAGUUCUUGUGUAUAAGUGAGGUGAAGUGGCGACCUUGUCCUUCUUUCCGUAACAGACGCAAAUUCAGGCCGCACAUAAGUGAGACAUGAAUUUUCGAUUUAACUUAGUGGUCCAUACUAACUUAUCCGGUCCUCCGUUUUCUCUUAGAAUAUUUAAGCUGCAAAAGCUGACGGUUUACUCUCUCGUAUAUUUGUUGGUUAUCGAAAACGUUGGUAAGGAAAUUAAUUGAGAAUUGUUUUAGGACAUCUGAUUAGGCUAAGGGUUGGCGGGCGCCAACAGGUCCAAGUUUGUCCAGAGUUCAUUAAAGUCGUAAAAGUCCAGAAAUCUGCUCUCGGCUAACUACCCGCAUUCAAGUUAACAAUGCAAGAAUGCUUGACGAAGCAUCUUGCCAUCGCUGAUCUUCACUGUCGAUCGAGAAUCCGGCCUUUAGAAGAUCUAAUGGGAUGUUAUACGUACAUUCAAGCCAAGAGAUCGCUGCGCCUGACUUCGUGUUCCAGAAGUGUCCUAAUUGGCGUCUUUGCUAUGCUCCGUUGUGGAUUUGCACAACUUUGGGCUGUCGUUAUGUUUCAAUUACAUGCUGCGGCGAGUCUCACCUCUUCGUGUCGCAAAGUAUAUGUAUUUACAAGUGUUUGGUUAGUUCUUCUUGCUUCUAUUUCCGUUUGGCCGCGUAGAAGGCCUUUUAUGACAUUCUAAUAGAAGUGCGAUUCAGGAAACCUUUCCUAUCACGCAGUAACCACUCAGAACACAAUUAUACGUAGCGCUACUUUCAUCAGCUUUGUUGUGCUUUUCCCUGAAAUAUUUAUAGCAAAGUGCAUUUCAGGCUGAUUGUUGAAUGUCAAUGCAAAUGCCGCAUAGCUCAGAUGUGGUUAUAAUAGUCCCACCUGAGGUAAAAAACUUCUAGGCACCUAAGAUACAAGUUCGGCUGUAAAGUGGGCUUUUAUAGGUAGGGCCGGGGAAUGCACAGGCGAGGAGGUAAAAUAGUUGUGCACAAAAUAAAAGCUAUUGUUAAUGUGCCGUUGCGCUUUGAGUGGUUCAGAAAUAGUUUCCCUAAUCACUAACCCUUAUCCCUAUCUCGAAUCCCUAACUCGAAUUUCUAACUACAAACCCUAACUCGAACCCCUAACUCUAACCGCUAAUUCGCACCCCUAACCCCUAAUCCCAACCCCUAGCUAUAAUGUCUAACCCUAAAACCAUAGUCCUAAACCCUAUUGUAUGCGUCUAUCAAGUUGGACUACAUAACUAUAUCGUUGAAGUUCCAUGCGUAUAUCGUGUGUCUCUUGAGGUCAGCGAUGGGACGCAAGUAAAUUUAUCUCCUUAAACUGUAUUCUCAAUGGAUAUUUACGUUUUACUUAGGUUCCAAGAUAUGCACUAAAAAAUACUUUGAUACCUGCUAGCCUUGGGAGCAAAACCGUCAACUAAGGACGUAAAUGCAAAUACUUUGGAUAAAAAUAGAGGGCCUAUGGCACAUUCUGUUAAUCAGGUUUUAAGUAUGAACCUUUAAAAUGCUUAAGACGGUGGCGGUUGAGAUUAAAUGGAGUACGACUGGGUUUUAUGUACAAGCAAAUUGCACAUCAGCGCUCACUUAUCCAACACAUGUCUCAAUUUGCCAUACUUUACAAUUCCACUUAUGAGUCACUUCAUAACACUUUUGGAAUUGCCUGUAACUAUUGGGAUCAUAAUGCAUGAAGUCUCAAAAAAGUGAAAAAUAUGUUUGUUUAAUAGCCCUUGAAGUGGAGCGAAUAAACGUGCCCCUAGUUGAUGAUAUAACUGCAAGUACACAUAAUGAGAACACAUCUGCUAAUACUUUUAUUUCCGCUGGAAGACAAGGAAUUAUGAUGCCUAGUGAACUUAUGCAUGAAAUGUCUAGUGGGUCUUUUUUCAGAGUACACGUUGCAUGUUGUCACGCAGUGCUCUCGAAUAUUUUCAAAGGCAUCUAUAUUGUGAUUGUUGAAAGCAAAGAUCUUAACCAGCCGCUCGUCUAAUGCUGUCGGUUCCAGGAACAAGCACUGUGUCCCUUCCUCUGUCCGCCUCCAGGGAUAGUUACUUCGUCCACCUGACCAGGCACCACCGUAUACAUGGAAACACGGAUAUAUGAUUGUGCAGAUUAUGUCUUUGCGGCGUCCGAGAUUCCAAGUUCAGGAUUGGCCUCUUUCGGUGACUGGAACUGACUGCCUUAGUAGUUUGCAAGCAAACUAAUUAUUUUUGUAUCAUCAGCUCACACACUCCGUGUUCCAACUUCUAAAUCCGAACGUACGCAUCCAAGCAAUAUGUGUUUCUGUACGUUUAUUAGAAUACCUCUGUUAAGGGAGGGAGGGGGGCUGAAACUGCACGCAUCAGUCUUAAUUUCCUAAUACAAAUGCCGUGGACAGAUAUUUCCAAAACGCGUUUCCGGUCCGCCUACUCAGCUCGUCAACCAGCAGGAAUAGGGUGAAUAUGGAAAUUAUUGGUUAAAUCCUUGGUCUUGAGGGUUAUGAUUGCACAUAAAACCUGCCCUUCGUCAUAAGACCCAUCUGGAAGAGUGUUUUGAUUCCUAGGUUUCACAUAUGGACAUAGAGCGUCUGGUCGACAUGUCCAUCAAUUCCCCAAAAAAUAUAAACACUGAAAAUCAAAGGAAAAACCAAAAAUCAAUUCGCAUAUCCAUGACGGAUGAAAGACAGCACAAAACCUGAUACUGACCUCCCUGAUCCAUAUGCAAUUCGCUCAACGUGUCAGAACGCCCGUGAAUUUAAAUCUACAUAUUAGCAAUAAGAGAAUAUUACGUUGGGGAAUAUCCAUUCAGCAAGUUUUGUGCACCCGUAAUCUAACCGUGAAGUGUAAACGCACAUAAGACGGUGAAGAUACCAAGACCUACAUUUAAAUUAUACAGGAAACUAGACAUUAAUGCUUUGGGUAUUCUUUUGCAGGUAGUACCGUGAAUCAGGUCUACACAAGCUGCAAAACAUGCGGUCUGGAUAUCGAACUGCUAUAUAUGAUCAGAAGAGCAGUAUAGGUUCGUGAGAAUGGAAGGAUCAAAGCCGGCUGCUGGACCCUUGUAGGCGCAACCAGCAAUUGCGUACUCAAGACAGUCAUAUCCUUCGGGAAAAUAGUCCUCAUGGAACUUGUUGGCAAUUAGCCUGUGGGAGUUGAUCAAUUCCGGCAAAUGUUGAGAUCCGAGAAUGCAAACAUCACGGACGUACUUGGUAGGACAUGGGUUUUGCCUCCAGAACUUGUAGCGGACAAUCCCCGGAAGACAAAGUACAUCCACGUUCUCAUCACUGAACUCGUGAAGAUUCUAACAGGCGCCAGGGGCUCCCAAAUGUGCAUUGUAGGCGAGGGUUCCGUACAAAUGCUCAUCCGGGAAUUGUAUUAUACGCGAACUGCCUCAGCGCUUCCCUCACCUUUACAGCCCUCUGGUCGUUAAACAUAAACUUCACGAAUUCCCUUUUUACGACGAUGUGAUCUGUAUUCUUUAUCCAGGUUGGCUUUGUUUUAAGUAAUAACACAAGAUGAAUUACUUUGUGAUUCGUGGACAAUAAAAGAUUUCUCGGUCCUAAGUUUGCCAUAAGCGAAUAGUCAAUAACCAUGCUCAAGGUAGCCGAACAUGAUGGAGACUAAACUCUGUCGUAAUUCUUUAAAGAGUCAUACAUGUACCAAUAAGGAUCAAACGUUUUUGUACACUAUUAACAAACGCAGCCAAGUUUUUUCGUCAAGCACGAUUAUGAGACGAGGGAUGUGGUGAGACUGAGUAAACCAAGACCGGAUGGAACUGCAAUCACAAUAAUUUGAUCAUUGAGGAGAGGUAGUAUUUGAAGCAGUUUUAACGCACUUUAUUUACAUCUUGGGGAAUGGGAGUCGAAAAUGUAUCAAACAUAUUUUCCUAACUCGCCUAGAGAUCGACCCCGCAAUUUCGUGGCUAGGAAGAUUAACUUCCAAACAACAGGUCGCGCGUUUGAAGCCCAGGAAUUUCAAAAAGUAGGAUCCGAUCUGGCUUACUAGAUACGGCAAAUAAGCUAAAAAUGGUGUUUUCGUUUUCGUUGGCAGUUUUGGCACUGAUACUUCGCAUGUAUAUACGUGGAUACGGUUUAUUCGCACAAUAAGUUUUUGCCUGUUCCUGAACCCCCUUGAGCCAUAUGAAGCACGUGUUUUUCUGAAAGCCAGUGAAUCGGUGUACGCCCAUUCCUGAGAAAAUAAAUACCGGAUCUGCAGAGGCAGAGAAUGGCAGGUAGCGAGGUACUGAUGAACGUCGAUUCAAUGAAGUGCUUAUGACCCAUGUGUUAGACCGCUCUGUGGACCAUCUGCACCGUGAACGAGCACAUGAUUGGGUUUCUGGUUACAACUACUGGUCGGGAUUCUGGAUGGCUGAAUGAAGUCAAACCACACCCCAUACUCCCCGCGCGCGACACUCCGACCUUUAGACUGUUGAAGUCGCUUUAAAAACGAUUCCAUUUCCUGAUAGAGGAUUUCGAAUGGACGUUGAAGUCAGCUGACCAGUUCCUGAGGAGUAACAAACAUCUAUAAAUAGAGCUAGAGGAGAUGAUAAUAUUCGUUUGACGCGGUCACCUUAAUUCAUCUCCAUUCCAACCUGCCUUGCCAAAAACACCGUUUAUUAGAUUCUAUAGGAAAAGUUAAAUGAAAGUGAUCAGGGACUUAAACGAAUGCACGUUGCAAAACUUCUGGAAUUAUGCCUCAGAACUUUAUUCUCUUUCAACAACUGGGUUAACGAGCAAAAGAAGGGAAUAUCGAUGGGCUCCCCGCUGUCUCGGCCGAUUGCUGAGGCUGUACUGCAGAGUCCUGAAUCACCAGUUUUCCGUUCCUGCUUCCCAAAAUUCUGGGCCCGAUACGUCGACGACACAUUUGUCGUAAUCAAGGGGAACCACGCUCAGGACUGCAAGGUCUUGUGAAACUCAAUAGUCCCAGACAUUUAAUUAAUAAUGAAAGAGGAGAACAACAACAAGUUGCCAUUCCUUGAUGUCAAUGUUGCAAUGCAAGGACGGCUAGUGAGGGGAUAAGAACUACGGUAUAUCGUAAGGCGACUUAUACUAGACGCAACCGCCAAUUCCGAAGGAACCACUCUUUUGGUCACAAACGCAAUUGUGUCAGAGCUCUUCUCCAACGAGUUCAAGCACACUGUAGUGACGACGUCGGGAAGGGAGGAAGCAAUAUAUCUACAUCCCAUAUUCGCAGCUAUUGGUUACCCACGAUCCCUUAUACGUGAGUGCCGACGAAAAGGGGAGGACCCAUAGGCAUGCAGACCUAGCAGCGACAACGACGGCCGGUAAGAUGACAGAUGUCUCACGAGCGCAACAGCGGUCGCCCACGCAGACAGCAAAGCCAAUCUCCAGCCAGCAGGAAGAACAGAGAUCGUGCAUCGGGCAUGCCUAUAACACGAGACAGGCGGCGAGACAGAACAACUCUGGGCUAGAAAGGAACAAACGCCCAACCACUAACCUUAUGAUAGAAGGAGGAAGUUUCCGAAACGUCAGCACAAAUAUUGUUUAGCCUAUGAAGUAGACUCUUUUUAUUUUUGUUAUGGAGAUGAUGGACGAAAUAUAUAUAUAUAUAUAUAUCAAUCAGGAAUGGGCGCACACCGAUCUAUUGGCUUCACAAAGCAAACAAGCUCCGUAUGUGUGGCAAAGGUCACGAACAGGCAACCAAUUACCAGGCCGAAGUCGGCCAAGUCAUAAUAGCAGCGAGGAGGGGCGACAGAGAAUGCGGGUAGAUUGAUACAGCACUGUUUCGGGCUUAUUCUGCCUUCAUUCAGCCAAUCAUAACCCUGACCACCAGCAGCUGGCACCAGAAAGACAAACAUGCGCACAGACGCACCUGGCGCAGUCGGUCCACCACUGAGGCCUACCAGAUGGGUCAUAAGCACUUCAUCGAACCGAAGUUCAUCAGUGCCUCGCCACCUGUCAUUCUCUGUCGCUGCAGAUCGGGUAUUUAUCAAUCAGGAAUAGGCGCAUGUUUGUGUUUCUGGUGCCAGCUGCUGGUGGUCAGGGUUAUGAUUGGCUGAACGAAGGCAGAAUAAGCCCGAAACAGUGCUGUAUCAAUCUACCCGCAUUCUCUGUCGCCCCUCCUCGCUGCUAUUAUGACUUGGCCGACUUCGGCCUGGUAAUUGGUUGCCUGUUCGUGACCUUUGCCACACAUACGGAGCUUGUUUGCUUUGUGAAGCCAAUAGAUCGGUGUGCGCCCAUUCCUGAUUGAUAAAUACCCGAUCUGCAGCGACAGAGAAUGACAGGUGGCGAGGCACUGAUGAACUUCGGUUCGAUGAAGGGCUUAUGACCCAUCUGGUAGGCCUCAGUGGUGGACCGACUGCGCCAGGUGCGUCUGUGCGCAUGUUUGUCUUUCUGGUGCCAGCUGAUGGUGGUCAGGGUUAUGAUUAGCUGAAUGAAGGCAGAAUAAGCCCGAAACAGUGCUGUAUCAAUCUACCCGCAUUCUCUGUCGUCCCUCCUCGCUGAUAUAUAUAUAUAUAUAUAUAUAUAUAUAUAUAUGAGAUGAAGAGGCGAUCUCGGGAACCAUGAUUGUAUUGUCCUGACGUUUCAAAAGCAGACAAGCUUUCAUCGUCGGAGGUGAGUAUCGUACGGCAUCACACAGUAUUUAUAGGAGGGGGAUAGAUAUCAGUCAUGCUAACACGGUGGUAAUUAUAGGGGGAGGGGGUGGUUAAUCGGCUUUGGCGCUAAUGGCCCGCAUACGCACAGGGAUCGUCUCUGUAGUCGCCGGGGCAGAGCGGGAGGGAGGGUGACUGCUGUCAAUCUGCCUGUCUCUCGUCGGGGGGCGGAAUUUGAACGUUGGUGGCCAUCGCCCGCAUUCGCGUUGACCUUAAUUGUCGUGCUGGGUUGCUAGUCUUGAUGGCAUCCCUCUGCCCGUGUUUCUCUCCGUCUGUCAGAGUAGUAGUUGAGGCAACAGUAUUGAUGACUGCGCCUUCGUCGGGCCCGAUUUGCGGUGUGGCUACAUGUAGGUCCGUCUUAGGCUCUCCCGGGUUUGGAUCCACGUCCGGCCUGACCUCGUGCUUGCUCUUUAGUUCGUUGAGCUGCGUCCGGAGGGUUUGGUAUGCUGUCGGGAGGGCGACACAACGGUUUAUUGAGGUUGUUUCCGUGUGCCAGGCCUCGAUCGAUUCCCUGGUUACGCAACUGUUGCCUCGACCCAGAAUUUUGGCGUUCUGGAAGGCAAAAGUGUGUCCAGAGUCCGCGCAGUGUUCCGCCAUCAGAGACAAUGGGUCCAUUCUCCUCACUGCCCGCAUGUGUUCGUUAACACGAGUUUGUAACCGUUUGCCUGCCUUUCCGACGUAGUUUGCUUGGCAAGAGUUACACUGGACCCGGUAGAUGACGUUUGUCGUCUCACCUCGUGGCAGGGGUCUUUCGGUUUCAUAACCAAAUGCCGAAUGGUUGAGUCUGGUCGAUGAGCGAUCCCGAUCCCCAAGGGCCUUAGGAGGCGGGAAAGUGCCUCAGAGACGCCGUCGAUGAAUGGCAGUGCACUCCAGACUUUUGGCUGUUCUGUCACCCGAUUUUGGCCUGGUUUAGACUGCCUGCUGCGCUCGAUGAAGUUACGGGGAUAUCCGUUGGCCAUGAAAAGGCGCUGAAGAUAGCGGAGUUCUGUCCUUCUGUCAUCCGGUUCGCGGCAGUGUGUUUCUGCUCUACUGUAGAGAGUUCGCACACAGAUGCGUUUGUGACAUAACGGGUGUUUACUGUGAUAGUUUAGGAUUUGGCGUGUGUUGGUAGCCUUCCUGUACACCGUCGUUUUUAUGUGCCCGUUCGUGCAGCAUCGGUCACACCGAUUCAGUCACACCGAUGCUGCACCUACGGACUUCCUAGCCAACCUUGAAUCCCUCCUUCUGACCUCCGACGUCCCUGAUGACAUGUGUGCGGACAUUCGCAGUUGCGUUACUGGUCUCCUCCGACAAAGGAAACAUCAUCACACCCUUCCGACCGAAGAGAAAAAGGCGUUGCGAUCGCUAAAGACAGAUGACAAAAUAGUUAUUAUGUCUGCUGACAAAGGAGGAGCAACCGUUAUCAUGGAUAAGGUUGACUACGUCAACAAGGCAAACCAAAUCUUUGAUGACAGGGAAGCCUAUGCACCACUCGCUGCAGACCCAACGAAAAAGCAAGCCGCGACUAUCAAGAAGAAAGUGAAUGAGCUUGCCCGAUUGAAGCUCAUAAGCCCCGAUGAUAGCAGAUCUAUGACCCUCAAUGACCCCCGUAUCGCACGUGCGUACGGCCUUCCGAAGGUGCACAAGACAGUUGCGCCGCUGAGGAUCAUUGUGCCACUUAUUGGAUCCCCUACUUACAACCUUGCCAAGUGGUUAUACAGACACUUAAAGCACCUCGCAAAUGGAUCGCAAUACAGCAUCAAAAACGUUCAGGCUUUCCUACAAAAGAUCCAAGGCCUUGAAGUAAGUCCUGACGAAUGCAUCCUAUCGUUCAAUGUUGUUGCCCUAUUUUCUUCAAUAUCACACGACCUAGCGAUUGACAGCGUAGCCGGAUGUCUAGAGCAAAGUCCCAUUGGCAUUCCAACAGAACAUGUUCUAGAAAUGCUUAAGCAUUGCCUCAAGAAUUAUUGUCAGUUCGAUAGCAAGUACUAUCAACAAGUAAAGGGCACCCCAAUGGGCUCCCCAAUAUCGGGGCUGCUAGCAGAACUAGUCUUGCAGCGACUAGAACAGGAUGUUGUGCACACCUUCGAACCAAAAAUGUGGCUCCGCUACGUGGACGACACAUUUGUCAUCAUAAAGACCAGGGAAGUUGAGCGAUUGCAUCAGAGCUUAAACAGCGUCUUCCCGGCUAUACAGUUCACCCGCGAGGAAGCAACAGGAGAUACCCUCCCGUUCUUAGAUGUGAGCAUACAAAGACUCCGUGAUGGCAAACUAGCGACAAGCGUCCACAGAAAAGAUUCUAAUGCCGAAAUCAUACUUAACUAUGGGAGCAAUCAUCCUGCGGCCCAUAAACGAAGCUGUGUCCGCACUCUUUUUCAUCGGGCCUAUCGCAUCUGCAACAGUGAUGACUAA